GAACCUUCUCUUAUUAUUGGUUUGGUUUCAGAUUCGCUCAGUCUCAACUCCCAAACCCGAAACCGACUCAGCCCGACCGAUCCCCUAGAUCUCAUGUAUAGUUUUUCCGUUGUUUUGCCCCGUUUCAGAAUCGAAGCCAAUUGGACUCUACUUUGUACUGCUUCUCCCGCCCUCAUCUCUCGUUGGGUUGAGGCCUUGUCAGUUCUCACUUCUCAGCAAUCCGCAAGAGGAAAGCGAAGAAGGCGGUGACCUAAAACAGGGCGUAGUUGCCAAUUUCCGGCGAAUCGUCUAUUAAUUCCGGCCAUUCGAGCAUCGGUAGCAGCAGAUAUAUGAGAUUCUGAUCGCCACGAGAACCAUGUCGGGGAAGUCAAUCGGGGGUGAAGCAUUCACCUCUAAUCUAGCUGGAAUGUCAAAGAAUCAGUUAUAUGACAUCAUGUGUCAGAUGAAGACUCUGAUUGAACAGAACCAGCAGCAAGCUAGACAGAUUCUUGUGGAGAAUCCUCUUCUCACCAGAGCCCUUUUCCAGGCACAAAUUAUGCUUGGAAUGGUGCAACCUCCGCAAGUGAUGCCAAACAUUCAGCAAGCACUUUCUCAGCAACCUCAGCAAACAGCACAACCAGGUCAGCCGCUAAACAUUCAAGCUGCUCAGUCAUUGCCUGUACCAGUUGGACAGCAGGACCAAUCAAGUGCAUCUCAGACUCAAAUUCAAUCAAGGAAACUGCAUCAAAACCAUCCUGCAAUGCCCAUCCCAUCUGGUUAUGUUCCACCAGUGACACUUCAGUCCCAGAGUAUGCCAUCACAUGCCCUACCAACUGUGCAGCAGACUAAGGGACAUCUGAAUGCGCCGGUGACCUCCGUGACACAUUCAGUAUCCUCUCAAAUGCAUAAUAUACAUUUGCCUAAUGUAUCCAGUCAGCAGCAACAAUCAUUACAGAUCAGUGGUGUUCCACUUAUGCCUAUGCAACCACCUUUGCCACAGCAACUUAGGCCACCUUCAAUGCCACCUUACCCACAUCAGCUUAAUUCACAUAUGGGAUCAAGUCUGGGUUUCCAGCAUUCUGGUGCACCCCAGUCACAUAUUUCACAAUCCACUUAUCAUUCAGGUGCUAAACCUCGACCUAGCAUUGGUCCUUCAUUUCCAUUGGGACAGCCACCAGGCCCACCACUUCUGAAUCAGCCACCACCCCAGUCACUUUAUCAGGCUGGAGGAUCACAGUUGGUAUCAGAUUUUGGUAAUCAAGCUGGAGGCUCCCUGCAAAUGGAAAGAGGGACAUCUUGGAUGACUAGUCCACCAGAAAAUGCAACAGGAGUACAGGUUGGAGGUCCACCUCCAUUACCCGGUCAGAUGGGCCCCAACAGUCAGCUUCCUCGUCCACCACAGUUGACACCCGACAUGGAGAAGGCACUGCUUCAACAGGUGAUGAGUCUCACACCAGAACAGAUUAAUUUGUUGCCACCUGAGCAGAGGCAUCAGGUAGUUCAGCUACAGCAGAUGCUACACUAAUGUUCGAGGCUGGUUGUUUUGAGAAGCAUAAGUAUUCGGCAAGCGUGAUCUUCUCUAGAUGAUAUUGAUAUAGAUAUUGAUAUUUGCCAAUUAUAAUCGUGGCAGAGAAUGUUCCUUUCUUGUUUCAUCUUCAGAUUGAGUUAUUAGACAGCUUCAUCGGAGAAUUAUCCGGAAGUUCUUUCUCAAUAUCGAGUAGUUGAAGCCAUCAAUAUCUUGCGCAAGAUGAACCAGAAUUGAUGCUGCUUUGUUAUGUUACUGUGGAUCUGCCACAAUAUUUUCCUGUGCAGUGAAUUCUGUCUUUGCUCAUUUCAACAUCCUUAAUACAGUUUUCUGGAAAAUCCUUGUAUGGUUCUUGGUAGUUAUGCUGUCUCUGUCUGUAGUUACUAUUUCAGCACUAAAGCCCCAGGUUUUGAAAGAAGGCAAUAGUAUCUUUCAGUGGCAUGCUAAGGAAACCUCCGUAGUGGCCAUCUCAUUGUGCCAUGUCUAUAGGUUUGCAAUUCUGAUUGCUGGGUUGAUGUGAUGUAGUCUGGAUUUGCGAUAUGUCAAAUUUCCAUAACACUAGCUCUCCAUGAAUUGCCAGUUCUGCCUAAUGUUCAGGAUUAGAUAUGUAAUGCAACUAUUUUUCUAGAAGUUGAAUUCUAAUUGUUUUACCAA